CCCCCCCCCUGCCCUUCCGCCACCAUGCGCCCCAUCACCCGGGCGGUGUUCUUGCUGUUGCUCGCGGUGCCGGCCCUUGCCCGGGCGGCCGGGAGCCUCGCCGGGCGUCAACUCGCCAAUGCCCCCGCGGAGGCCUGUCCCACUGGACACUUCUUCGAUGCCUCCGCCGGCGAAUGUGCACCUUGCCACACCUCCUGCGAGGCCUGCUCCGAGGCCGACGCUUGCGACCGGUGCCAGCCCGAGCUGGGGUUCCUGUCUCCGGUCCCCGGCCAGCGGUCUCUCUGUACGCGGCUCUGCCCCCCGGGGCAGGUGCUGGACAUGGCCACGGCCGGCCGGUGCACGGCCUGCGACGCCAAGUGCGAGCUCUGCGCCGAGGCCCCCGACCAGUGCACCGCCUGCGCCCCGGGCUUCAGCUGGCACGAUGGCCGGGCCCCUUCCCCCGGCACGACCGGCACCUGUGCCGCCUGCCCGGCCGGCUGCCACACAUGCAGCCUGGACCCCAAUCAGGGCACCCGGUGCUUCUCUUGCAUGGCCGGAUGGCUGCUCCACUGGCAGGGCACCUGCGAGGUCGCCUGCCCGGACGGCACCUUCGCCCUGCCCGGGGAUGCCGCCUGCCGGCAUUGCCCCCCGCAGUGCGUCACCUGCACCGGGCCCAACCCGGAUGACUGUUCCUCCUGCCAGGAAGGCCUGCGGCCGGGCCCGCCCGGCACCUGCCAGCAUGACUGCCCCAUUCGGACGUACCCCAUCGACGAUGGCGACGAUUCGGCCGCCUCGGCCACCUGCCUCGACUGCAGUAGCUCCUGUCUCACCUGCCACGGCCCGGGGCACGACCAGUGCCUCAGCUGCAAGACCUCCUCGGAAUAUCUGGUCGAAGGCCAGUGCCUGGCCAAUUGCCCCCCGCGGCACUUCAUCCAGGCCGGCCGAUGCCUGCCCUGCCAUCCCGGCUGCCUCGAGUGCCAGGGCCCGGGCCCGGGAGAUUGCUUCCAAAACCGCUGCCCGACGGCGUUGUUCUCCCUGCCCACGCCGGGCAGCCAGCUGGUGGCAUGUGUGCCCAGCUGCCCGACCGGCACACUGGCCCACUUCGACCGGUGCCUCCCCUGCCCGGAGCACUGUCUCUCCUGCCACGACCCCUACGCCAGCAAGCCCACGUGCGACAUCUGCGCGCCGGGCUGGCUCCUGGCCCCAAAUCGCCUGAGCUGCGUGGCCUCCUGCCCGGCGGGCUCCCUCCCCCAGGGGCCCCAGUGCCUGGUCUGCUCCGAGGGCUGUGCCUCGUGCUUCGGCCCGAUGCCCGCGCAGUGUCUCGCCUGUCUGUCAGACUACCCCCUGGUGGUGGAUGGCGAAUGUCGGAAGACCUGCCCGGCCCGGCUCUUCCCCCAGGCCGGCACCUGCCUGCCCUGUCAUGCCGGGUGCUUUUCAUGCUCGGCCGGCGGCCCGAAUGACUGUCAUAAUUGCGAAAACGACCUCGCCCACACCGUCGAGGGCGCCUGCAUGAUGGACUGCCCGGCCGGGCAAUACGAGGAUACCUGGUCCGAAUGGGCCUCCCGCACUUGCUACCCAUGCCCCGGCGAGGGCUGCGCCGAGUGCACCUCGGCCACCGAGUGCACCCGCUGCGCCGAUGCCCUGGUGCUGACCGGGCAGGGCCUCUGCGCCAGUGCCUGCCCCACUGGCGAGUACCUCCCCCCCGGGGCCGGUGCCUGUCUCCCCUGCGACCAGGGCUGCCGGACUUGCGCCACGGCCGCGGACUUCUGCACCUCCUGCCCGGCGGGCUCCGACCGCUGGUUGCAGGUCGACUCCGGGCUCUGCCUGGAUGCCUGCCCCGAGAUGCACUUCGCCCGGGUGGAGUUCCCGACCGAAGUGGCUCCGGGCCUGGAGCGCAUUUGCCUGCCCUGCCCGGAGGGCUGCGACCGGUGCACACCGGCCAGCCCGGCCCCCGUGUGCCGAACGGCCCCGAGUGGCUUGCUCCUGUGCCCGGAGAUCGCCACCUGCGACAAGUGCAAGCCCGGCCUGCUUCUGCACCAGGGCGCCCGGUGCCUGGACGCCUGCCCGGCCGGCUUUUUCCCCGACGCCAAUGGCUCGGUCCCUGCGUGCGGGGCCUGCCACCGGGACUGCUCCGAGUGUGUCGGACCCGGCGUCGAUGAUUGUGUCGGCUCCUCGUCCGGCCCGUCCGGCCAUCCCGGCCUGACCAUCGGCCUGGCCGUGGGCAUUCCCCUGGCCAUCCUGCUGCUGGCCAGCGUCGGCCUAUGCAUCUAUCUGUACCGUCGGCGUAAAUCCCCCAGCGGCGACGUGCCCAUGAAGCCGCUCCCCCGGGAGCUCGACUGAGUCGCCCUGCCUUUUUGUUUCCC